GAAUUAUUACUUACGUGCGUUCUGCCCGGGUGAUAGAGUUUCUUGACUGUCAAUCACAAUAACCUCAACGGUCUCGACGUUAACCUUGCGACGGUUUAUCCAUUUUUUUCGCUCUCUUUUCGUCUCAACAAAAGGCGAAUGCCUAAACAAGUACAAGACAACAAUUUAUAAUUACGUUGCGGGCGCGAUCUCUUUGUUCUUGCUCGUUGUCCUACGGAACCGACGCGUCCCUGCUACAGUACAUAAGGCCGACCUCCUCACGAUGGAAAAAUACGUUCAAGUCCCCUUCUUUCAUCGGUUCAGCUAGUUUCUACCGCGCACGGUCUCGCGAUAUUCAACUGACGAGCAGGCUCUCGUCCUACCUACAUUCAUUUUACGAACUCGACCCUCUAACGCAACUGCUUCAACCAUGUUAGCCGAUAUUUCAAAAGGCACCAUCCUAUACUUCACUCCUGUGCUCAUGUUCACAGCACUCCUACUCUCGCUGUUUGCGUACCUUGCCCCGACCGUUAUGUUGCAUAGCCAAGUCGCAUUGCUUACAGUCACGCCUUCCUCUGCAUUAACACAGCCCGGAUCCAGCAAAGCAGUCGAUGGUCCUAGCAUUUUCCUUGGACCUUUAGGGUCGUGCUCUCGACCAAACAAUGAAGCUGGUUUGACGUGUAUGCCAUCUUCCCUAUCUCCUGUCUAUAAUACUUCGGUGUUUACAUCUAACACUCCCAGCUCUGUCAUAUCGGCCCCGCCGGAAGGUGCACCAGUCUUUAUUGCAAUUUCCCUUGUGUUCUCCGCGAUUUUCCUCGUCAUGUUCACGGCCAUAUCGUUCCGUCAUCUGAUGGGCAAAGCUGGUGCUGUAUGGGAAAAACCGAUGGUGCAACGUGUCUCCGCAUGGAUUGGGAUCUUUGCUUUCUUGAUUGGUCUAGCAUCUGCCCUCAUCAUUUUUAUGUGGUUUGGGAAGGCUGCCGAUGACUUCAAUCAAAGUAUUCAGGGCCAGGGAAGCAAUGGUCCCCAACUGAUCGCCGCUGUUGGUAAUGCGUUCACGAUGAUUUGGGUAGCAUAUGCAUUCUUUGCCAUCCCUGUCGUUGUUUCACUGGCUAAAUUUCACGUUCUUGCUACGAAGUGAUGACGGCCAAGUUAAUUGCAUUUACACGAACAUAAACACCAUCUUCCUUUGAACCCUCAUCCGGAUGUAUUUUUAUCCGUAGUUGCUUGAUUACUAUUGCUGUAUCCAUAAUGGAAACAUCAUUCAUCAUUGCCCGUGCUCUCGGUCAACUCG